UGCUGUUACUUUGUAUCCAGCCUGAUACAGCAGCUGAUACAUUGUAUCUCAGCAUCUGCCCUUUUCCACACUUCCUCCUACCUUCCUUCUAUUAACUCUUCUUCUUCUUCUUGUGACCUUUUUACCUCUGACAUUUUCUUGCUUGGUGUGGUAAGCAAUCUGCCGUGUCCCCAGACCAAACAUCUCCCGGCGUUUGUCAGCAGACCGUCCACACCAGUCUCCGGGGAGAAAAUGUCCCUGAAAGCUGCUACGAGCAACAUCACCAACAAGAAUGACCCCAAGUCCCUGAAUUCAAGAGUCUUCAUUGGUAACCUGAACACAGCCGUGGUGAAGAAGAGCGAUGUAGAGUCCAUCUUCUCCAAAUACGGGCGGGUUGUCGGCUGCUCGGUGCACAAAGGAUACGCUUUUGUACAGUACUUGAAUGAGCGGCACGCACGGGGCGCCGUCCUGGGGGAGAACGGACGGGUACUGGCUGGACAAACACUAGAUAUCAACAUGGCGGGAGAGCCCAAGCCCCAUAGGCCCAAAGGGCUGAAGCGGGCGGCGGCUGCACUGUACAGCGGCUACGAAUUUGACUUUGAUUACUACAGAGAAGACUUCUAUGAGAGGUUGUUUGAGUAUCGAGGCAGAGUGUCGCCUGCGCCCCGGGCGGUGCCAGUGAAGCGGCCACGUGUCAGCGUGCCUCUCGUACGAAGGGUAAAGUCAGCACUACCGGUCAAACUGUUAGCAAGAUCAGCAGCCAUUACAGGCAACGCAGCUAAGCUGAGAUUAAGACGCAAUGAGAUUCAGACCAUCAAGUCCGAACUCACACAGAUCAAGACCAACAUCGACGCUCUACUGGGGAGACUGGAGCAGAUCACAGAUGAACAGAAGCCAUGUGCAGCCAUCGCGUCAAGGAAGAAAUCCGACUGCAGCCGGAGUGAAUUCUCCCAGGAGGACAGCACAUCGGAGGCGGGCGACACUGUCACGGAGGAGCCUCUUAAUGGAGAUGAAGGAGAGGAGCUCGUACACGACGACUGCACAGACGACCUGGAGAACAGCCACUACACAAACUCAUCUCUGCACUAACAAGCUGCACGUGGCGGCUUGUGACUUGUGAGGAGGAACGGCGACGGUUCUGCGUAUGGACUCCUAUAUUCUGCCUCCCUGACUGGAGUGUCGGAUGGAUUCUCAGAAGACAUAAAAAAAAAAAAAAAAACCCUGAAGUAUUAUUUAUCAUUUUAUAACGUGAAACAGCGGUGACUGGUCUGGAGGAGGAAGCGCACGCCUAAUCUGCACCGAGGGAGAGCGGAAGCCGAACCUUUAGUCAUAUGCUGUAAUAAUAUUCCAUGGUGACCUAUGAACAGACUGCUAGUGCUCCGGACAUCAGGGACGUAUGUGAUGGGGGGGUAUGUGCGCCAG